CUUGCUCCACUUUAAAUACCUUUGCACAGUGUUCUGGCCACUGUGGUAAGAUCAGAAGGCUUUACUUGCAGUUUCUGUGUGAGCAUUGUCUCCUCUUCACCAUGGAUGCACAGCACUGCAAGAUGAAUGGAGACUCCUUCCAGGAAUCCAUGUACAUUGAAGAGUCCUCAAACAAAAAUGGUGUGAUUUCUUUGAUUUUCUCUUUGAAAGAAGAAGUUGGGGCACUGGCUAAAGUUCUGCGCACAUUUGAGGAAAAAGGCAUAAAUCUGACUCACAUUGAAUCUCGACCUUCUCGUCUCAAUAAAGAUGAGUAUGAAUUCUUCAUUAACUUGGAAGGCAAUAAUGUCCCAGCGUUGGAUAAGAUCAUCAGGUCCUUAAGAAAUGAUAUUGGAGUAACAGUGCAUGAGCUUUCACGGACAAAAAAGAAGGACACUGUGCCAUGGUUCCCAAGAAGUAUUCAGGAGCUGGACAGAUUUGCCAAUCAGAUCCUAAGUUAUGGAGCGGAGCUGGAUGCUGACCAUCCUGGAUUCAAAGAUCCUGUGUAUCGGGCCCGGAGGAAGGAGUUUGCAGACAUUGCUUACAACUACAGACAUGGUCAACCUAUUCCUCGAGUUACCUACACAGAAGAAGAAAAGAAAACUUGGGGCACUGUCUUCAGAGAGCUGAAGAAUCUCUAUCCAACUCAUGCUUGUUAUGAACACAACCAUGUCUUCCCACUUCUGGAGAAGUACUGUGGCUACCGGGAGGAUAACAUUCCCCAGCUUGAAGAUGUUUCAAAGUUUUUGCAGACCUGCACUGGAUUUCGCCUGCGUCCUGUUGCGGGCUUGCUCUCCUCUCGGGAUUUCUUGGCUGGACUGGCAUUCCGAGUAUUUCACUCUACGCAAUAUAUUCGCCAUGCAUCCAAACCUAUGUACACACCAGAGCCUGAUAUUUGCCAUGAGCUACUAGGACAUGUGCCUCUUUUUGCUGAUCCCAGUUUUGCUCAGUUUUCCCAGGAAAUUGGCCUGGCAUCUCUGGGAGCUCCAGAUGAUUUCAUCGAGAAACUUGCUACGGUUUAUUGGUUUACUGUGGAGUUUGGACUAUGUAAGGAAGGUGAUUCACUAAAGGCAUAUGGUGCUGGGCUGCUGUCUUCAUUUGGGGAGCUGCAGUACUGUUUAUCAAGUAAGCCUGAGAUUCGGCCUCUCGUUCUGGAGAACACUUCUGUGCAGAAUUACACUGUUACUGAGUUCCAGCCUGUCUAUUUUGUUGCUGAAAGUUUUAAUGAUGCUAAGGAAAAGCUAAGGAAAUUUGCCCAAACAAUCCCUCGUCCUUUCUCUGUUCGGUACAAUCCCUACACCCAGAGGAUCGAAGUCUUGGACAACGCAAAGCAACUGAAGAACUUAGCUGACACUAUCAACAGUGAGAUGGGGAUCCUCUGCAAUGCCCUCCAGAAGAUCAAAUGAAGAUUUUCUGUAACUCUUGCAAAUCACUGGCUACAUAGAAGAAGUCGUGCAAAAAUGCCAGUCUUCACUUAGCUUCAGUUUAUUAUCUUACUGUGUACUGCAUGCCUAUAUCAUAUAUCUCAAUUAUCAUUAUUAUUAUUAUUAUUAUUUUGGCCUUCAGACACUAAUCCAUUUUUUUCUCAUUAAAGCCUAACAAUAAUCUUAGUACUGGGAAUCUAGGGAAACUCUCCACAUAUAUCGUAACAAAAUUAUCAGAAGGGAGAGAUCUCCACCAUGCAGUGCUACGGCCUGUUACAAACAUGGGGUUGUGUUACCACACUUGGUCCAGUGACAGAAUAAUAAUGACCAACACAGAGUAAUCCGUCUUUUAUUCUUUUUUCCUCUCAGACAUUCUCCCAUCACUUCCUCACAUUUGUGCAUGUUUCCAUGAAAUGCUGAACUCUAUAUGCUUCAGAAGUCUGCAUACUGCCUGGCCCUGUAAACCAUGACUUCGCUUGGUGAAACUGUACCUCUUUUUUUACACAUGAACGCCUCUGUCCUGAAAUAAUACUUUUUUUUUUUUCUUCAGAAUUUGAUGUUGCCAUUGAUUAAAAGCACAGAUGCUAGUGGAAAAGACAGCAAGUAUGCUGCAGCUUCAAUAACAGAAAUUUAUCACAAAAAUAUGCAAAAUAUGCAAAAAUACACUGUAUUUGCACAAGCACUAAUCCCAAAAUGGUUUCUUCAGACCAAGAACAUGGUGUGCUGUGUUGUGUCAAUGGUUUGCAGAGUGGAGUUUGUCAGAAAGGCACUGACAUUGCCUAUCUAAAACAUGGAGUCCAUGCCUCAGUACUGUACUCACAAAGAAGUCUUUUCAGCGAAGAAUUACCUAAAGACACAUCUGUGUGGCUUUUUGUAGUUGGAUGUUAGAUCACUAAGCCAUUACUAUAGGCAAGCAAGACAAAAUGUAAAGAUUUUAGCGGUGCAUCAAUGUAUUAUUAGCUCAGAUUCAGAGCUGUAACAACUCUGCUAUAAUAUUCUGUAACAUGGAUUCAGAAUUGAUUCAGCAUGCUUAAAAAGAGGAUAGUUCUUUUGAUACUCACUGUGGAAGGCUGAGGUAUGAAGGCGACGUUCUUCAUCCUCUGAGGGUGAGUGCUUUAAUCAGACCUGCAGCAAGGUUUCUCCUAACGUUUUGGAUUCAUAAUCAGGUGGAUAUCAGUACUCAUCCUCAAUGUCGGUAUCUUCCUCCACCAGGAGGAGAAGUGAUGCUUACAAAACAGAUGAAAAUAUUGGAGCCUUCCAACUCCUAACUUCUUGUAUCUGUGUCUAGAAUCCCAACCAAAACCAGCAUUUUAAGUACUGGAAGGGACCUCUGGAGAUCAUCUAAGUCCAACGCCCUGCUAAAGCAUAUUCCAUACAGUUGGUUCCAUAGGAAAGCAUCCAGGCAGGUUUUUAAUAUCUCCAGAGAAGGAGACUCCAAAACCUCUCUGGGCAGCUUUUUCCAGUACAUAUAACUGAAAAGAAAUUCUUUGUCAUGCUUAUAUGGACCUUCCUAUGUUCCAGUUUGUGCCCAUUGCCCCUUGUUCUGUUAUUGGCACUGCUGAAAAUAUCCUGCCACAUUCACUUGAUAUUUAUUGGCACUGAUUUCCCCUUGGUCAGUCCAUGCUGACUGCUUCUAAUAAACUUCUAUUUGCUUAGAGAUCCAGAAUAAACUGCUCCAUUACUUUCUGGGGGAUGCAGGUGAGGAUGACUGGCCUGUAGUGUCCUGAGUUCAUCUUCUUAUCCUUUUUGGAGACUGGAGUUAUAUUGACUUUCCACCAUUUUUCAGGCACCUCUCUUCCAUGAUCUUUCAUGAUAGAAAUAGGUUUUGCAAUCAAAUGCUGUCAGCUCUGUCAGCUCCCUCAACACUUGAUGAUGCAUCCCAUAAGGGCCCAUGGAUCUGUGUGUGUCAUUUGCCUAAAAGAUCUCUGAUCAGAUCCUCCUCAACCAAAAGGAAGUCUUCCUCUCCCCAGACUAUCUUCAGAACCUGGAAUUCCUCAGAGGAAUUCCUAACAGUAAAGACUGAAGCAAAAAAGAUGUUCAAUAACUCCACCUACUUAGUGCCCUUUGUUUUCAAAGCACCCACCUCAUUCAGCAGAAGGCCUACAUUUUCACUAGCCUCCCUUUUUUCAUCUGCCAUUCUUAAAGAAAUCUUUUUUGUUGCCAUUGACCUCCCUCACCAGAUUUAAUUCCAAGUAGGACUUAGUCUUCCUUGCGUCAUUCUUGCAUGCCUGAAAAUGUUCCUAUAUUCUUUUUUCCACAAGCUCUUAGACAAUCCAUGUCUCCUGCCAUCUUUGCCUGAUUUCUUGCUCUUAAGGAUGGAUUGAUUUGAGCUAUGGGAGACAGAGGUUAGCUCUGUCCAAGUCUGAAUGCUUUCAAACUCACACAUGCUAUCUUUCAAGACAGCUCCUAAAUCAUUAAGCUUUUUAGAUUUUCCUUCUUUCCCCUGCUUGUACUUUAAUCUUCCUCUUUUGUUAAAGCACUUUUUUUCCCUGCCUGGAGUAUAGAUUGUCAAGCAGCAAAUGGAAGUGGGGGUAUUUCCAGCUUAAUCCAAUGGAUGAGUCACAGAGAGAUAAGAAUUUUGCUGUUCAGAAAACUAUUUCUGUACUUUAUCAGUAACUUUCACUCAAGGUAGCGAAAUGCUCUCUUGGACCAGUCAACAUUGCAUAAUCCCUCUCCAUAGCUCUUUAAUUGAAAGAGUGAGAUCAACAUUUGUAAAUUGAACAUUUGGAACUGAGUGGAGCAAACCAAUCCAGAAUAUUUCCAGCUUGAAAGUAUAUUGCAUUAUGAUACUAAGAUGAUUAAAGAGUUAUAUUUCAGUUAGAAGAUCCAAACAUGGACGGGACUUUGAAAGUCCUUAAGUCCCAUACCUACUAUUGUGCUACUCUUGUAUUUUUAGUUUGAAAAUCAAUGGAGCUUCCAUGUAAGCAUCAUCCUCUCGGAAGACAGAAAGUACAACUGUUUCCAUUAUAUUUACAGUGAGUAAUAACACUGAAUAAAAGAUAUAAUCUGGAAUCUUUUCUGUAGAAUUAUACUUAUGCAAAAUUGUAUCAUUUUGGUGCUUUGAGGUAAGACUUUUUAGCUCUAUAUAUUUUUUUUUCUUUUUUUUCUCAUGACAAUAUCUGUUUAGUUCUUUCAGUCUUGGUUGGCAUGUAUUUUCAGGGUCAAAGUAACCUACAUUUUAAUAUCUUAAUAAAAUGGAAUCCCUAAUGUAACUCUUUUUCAGAAAAAGACAAUUUCAUGUGAGGGAUGAAAUCUUUCAGACUAACCCUCAGACUGCUUUCCAAACUCCUCUGCUUUUGAUCUCUGUUAUGUGUGACAGCAGUAAUAAAUCUACAGUGAUACUGAGAACCCAGGAGUCGUGGUUAUCUUUUAUGUGCUAGAAUAGUUUAAGGACACUGAUGCCAUAAUUGUGGUUCUGUGUCCUUUAACGCAAGUGCAAAUGAACAAUAACUUCAACCAAAUCUGCUCACCAAGACUUAGAGAUGAGAAGAAGUUAAGUGCUCAAUAUUUUAGAAGUAGUAAAACUAUACUGAAAAUAGAUUUUCCUUGCAGAAAAAUAUUGGCUUUAAUGUGACUUAAAUAGUACAAAAUAAAUUGCAUUUGAAAGUGUA